ACACUCGGCUUUUUUCUUGGGUGUCUAGGGCACAUCUAGAUGUGCUCUAGUUAUUGCACAUCUAAGUGAGUGAAUCAAGCAUAAAGAGGGAAAGAAAAAAAGAAAGAAAAUAUCCACACGAAUCUCAACAUAAGAUCAAGGGAGCGCCUGGAACUCAGCUAGCUGAGUUAUAGUAUGGUCUCAAUCACCUGAUGUCAGCUGAUGUCAUUGUCUAGUUGUCUCAGCCCGUUUUCUUUUUCUAUGUGUGGCGGAAGCCCGUCUUGUUGUUUUGUCGGCCCGUUUUCUUUUUUUGACUUGAAAAAGCCUGGAGGCCCAAGUUGUUAUCCCGGCUGGUUGUUCCAGGUGUGUUGAUGGUUUUCUCUGUUGAUGGUUUUGCCUCCAGGACACCUGAGGUCACGUGCCCCCAGGGAAAAAGAAUCCAAUGCCCCCGGCUGUUUGACGCCCUUCUCCCCCAUCCUCUGUUCUUCCUCCUGGCAUCCACACCUCCCCACCCCAUAACCCCGCCGCCAGCAAACCCCAGAACCCUAGAUCUAUCCCCUUGAAUCAACCAACAAUGGAGAGGGAAAAAGUGAACUUGCUGUAGCAAAAUUCAGAGUUUCAGACUUCUCCAUAGAGCAAAGGAAGGGGAAUCAGUUUUGAAAGAAAAAAGAUGGAUGCGGGUGCUGGUAAAGGGGCGCACAGGACUCACCAUGCUACUGCAGAGGAGUAUGGAGACUACCUGCUUGCCAAUCAGUUAUCUAUGUAUCAUGAGCGCCAAUUUGAUUUGGAAUGUGGUCAGUCGAGCACGAUGCCUGGGAAGUCGUUGCAACAAUGGGUGUCGCAAGAAGUUGGUCCUCUUGGCUAUAACUACAAUGAAAUGAACAACACACAGACAAACUCUCCUAUGAUUAACAUGACCAACAGGAUUAUGCCCGAGUUGUUUCUGCAGAGGAGUCCAAAUGCUGAAGCCUCAAGAACCCAUCCUACAGAAACAACAAAAAUGCAGCCAACUGGGGUGAGCUUCAUGAAUGUAUCCGGCGAUGCACCUAUGUCAUACAUGCAACUGCUGCUUGCUGCUGAACAAGAGGGGGCAAAAUAUUUGUUGUCUCAAUCAUAGGAAGAACGCCUAGUUCGUACUGAGAAUGACAUGUUCAUGAUAACUGGCCGCUAUGGAAGAGGAACAUCAGAAGAACCAAGGCAAACAAAUCAUGAUAACACAGGGCGAGUUUUGGUUGAACAAAAUCAGGAGCCUUCCCCGUUUGUUGACAACACAAAUAUACAAGGACUGCAUGAUUUGAUCUGGGAAACUGAUGAACCUGAUUGUGCACAGAAGCAGCCUUCAGACAAUGAACUUGACAGUGAUAGUGAAUCAGAUCAUAACCUUGGACUGCAUCAAAGAGAAGGUGAUAUGGAUGUUGAUAUUGUGGAACAACAACAUAACAAUGAGACGGGAGUUCAAGUUGAACAACUUUCACAAGAUGACAUCCUCAUAUUUCUUGAAAAUGAAAGC